GGGCGGAGCUACAGCGUUCCGGCGGAAGCGGCGCGGUGUCACAGUGAGCUGCAGCUCUUUUCUCACUAAACACCUCAAAUACAGCAAGAAUCAUGAAGAUCUGGACGUCGGAGCACAUUUUCAAUCACCCAUGGGAAACAGUGACCAAAGCUGCCAUGCAGAAGUACCCGAACCCCAUGAACCCCAGUGUGUUUGGAGUGGAUGUGUUGGAUCGUGAUGUGGACCAACAGGGGCGUCUGCACAGCAAACGACUGCUCAGCACUGAGUGGGGGCUGCCGUCCAUUGUCAGAUCUAUAAUUGGUAAUGCACGAACAUGUAUGUACAUCCAGGAACACUCCGUAGUAGAUCCUAAAGAGAAGACCUUUGAACUUCAGUCCACUAAUAUCACCUUCACUAACAUGGUAUCUGUGGAUGAACGUCUAACAUACAGACCACACCCAGACGACCCAGAGAAAACUAUGCUCACUCAGGAAGCCAUCAUCUCUGUGAAGGGUGUCAGUCUGAGCAGCUAUCUUGAGGGAUUAAUGGCCUCCACCAUCUCGACCAAUGCAGGAAAGGGUCGUGAGGCGAUGGAGUGGGUGAUCAGACGUUUGAACAUCGAGAUCGAAGAGUUGGCCAUCACAACGAGGGGAACCAUGAGAACGCCCAUGGCCGCUGCGGUCAUGGAAAAAUGAACGCUCCUGUGACAUCACACAGCCUUCCUCUCUGUCGCUGCACUUCACUGCAUCUUUUUUCGAUCCCGGAAGUUUAUCCUCUGUAUCCCCCUCACAUUCAAGCGUCUACAUUAGAGGCAAACGGGGUGCAUUACGUGACAGAGAGAGGAAAGAGAACUCCGGGACUAACGGUGCUGUUGACGCACGACAAGAACAUGAAGGGGAAGGACGUUCGGUCAACAAAUAUAAGAAACUCUCAAACUAUUUGCAAUUUUAAUGUAUCGUAUAACUGGACAGUUGCACAGCUCGACUCAAAGAAUAUCUCGAUGUUGCCUGUGUCAUACAGAUUGUUCUUGGAAAUAGUUCAUAUUUGAAAAGGUAUUGGCCUGUAUAAGAGUGUUGAUUGGGUACGCACUGGCCGUAUACAGUGCAGCAUGGCUUGUUGUAUCUGUUCGCCAAACACGGCCAACUUAAACUCUGUUACAUGCCACUCUAACCAUCAGAGGGCAAAGAGUCCGCUUGCAAGGAUGCGCUGGGCAGUUGCUUCACCAGCACUUAUACACUUGAAAGUUAUUAAUAUUGUUAAAAUAUUUAUUUUUAGUAUCAUUAUAUUCAUAAUACUUGCACAUCAAGGAAGGGAACAAACUAAUCCAGACAAGUAGUUUUAAUCUGAAUAAUUGUGGAGGACCAUCUCAGAAGUAUCUCAGUUCUUUAUAACAUGUGUGUAUCUGUGUGUGUUUGUUGUAUUGGGCUGAUACGGAGCUGCUCAUUAAAUCUCUGUCAUCGGAUUCUUCAGAAACGUCACAUGAUAAAACAGUGCCUCCUUCAGAGUAAAUAAGACACUGAGCACUAUAUACUAAACUACAGCAUGCUCUUGUUGCACCAUGCAUUUUCUAGAGGGUUACAGAAAGAAUAACAGUAUGUUUUGCACAUUGAACAGGAUGUUAUUGUCUUGACUUUGUAAGUUAAGUAAUGCAAGAAUGUUCCAUAUUCUGCUAAUUAUGGGGACUUGGCUUGAUUUUAACAAAAGAAAGGCCAGUUUUAAUGUUGAAUCCAAACCCAAGGCCAAAAUGCGCUGGUGCAACUAUCAGUCUGCAGUGUUAGAUUUAAGAGGGUGAAAAACAUUUAAUUUAUUUAUUUAUAUUUUGAAGGUUUAUGUCAUUUAAUGCCUUGGUUACAUGCAUCCACAAAUCACAACUUCAACAUCUUCAUUGUCAGUGAUGGUAAAAACCUCAAUAUGCAAAUAAAUAUCAAUUAAGAAGUUCAUGUUGGACAGGAUGUAUUAACUGAAUGUAACAGUGACUGUCUUUGUGAACACAUGAAGAUGGUAAAGUUCUGUUUGUGGAUAUAUUACUUCCGCACAAACACUAUCAAGCAGCAAAAACCUCUACGGAUAGUUGUGUAUCUUAUUUGAUUUUUUUCCCUUUUGAAUUGAAUUUGCAUUGAAGAGCCACUGAGUUUACUUCUCUGGAACAUUGUGACUAACUGUAAAAUUAAACUAUUGCAUUUAACAUAUUUAUGCAGAAUGUAAAUAGUUUGUCACAGUGUUUUUUUUUUUUUCUCAAAUUGGUGGAAACGCUGAGGUAUUUUAGAUAUAAUUUUAACAUCUGUAGUCCAUCUUAGAGUAGGUACUAGUUAUAAUAAAAGGCCACUGAAAUGGCAGAAAUGGAGAAUGACACCUGUCAAUCAUCCAUUCUCAAUCCUAGAGCACAGCCAAUGAAAGCCGUUUAAAGAUACUGAAAUAAACUAACGUUCA